CUCCUAAUAAGGAAAUGAGACGACGUUGAGCGGCUAGGUAACCAGCGGCGUAAGAAUACUUGGGAGAUUUAACAAAGGGAAACGGACGAGAGGGGUAAACGGCGACGACGAGAGGAAUGGCCAGCCGGAGUUGCCUUUUACUGAAAGCGCUGGUGGAUUUAUCGGAGGGCUACCCAACUCGGGCUUUAAAAAGCGGUGUGACUCGCAGCAGUAUCAGACACCUGACUUCCUGUGGUAUCCUUGCCACCCAAACGUCUCCAGUUCCUCGACCGAAUGGAAGUGUGCUGAGCCACCAGCCGUCCAGGGGCUUUCUCAACGUCAUUGCCCCUUUUGUGGGCUGCAAGAAGAUGGAGUACGCUGAAGCAAAGCUCCUUGGGUAUUCAGCAGAGCAGAUGUACAACGUGGUUGCAGAUGUUGAGAAGUACUGCCAGUUUGUUCCUUGGUGCAAGAGUUCCAAAGUCACCUCCAACUGCAAUGGUGUCAGAAAAGCCCAGCUGGAAAUCGGCUUCCCUCCAGUGGUGGAGCGCUACACGUCACAGGUCAUGCUGAAGCCUCACCGCCAGGUUCGGGCGGUCUGCUCUGAUGGCUCCCUCUUUAGUCACCUGGAGACCGUCUGGAGGUUCAAGCCGGGGAGCUGCGAACAGAAGGACAGCUGCAUCCUGGAGUUUUAUGUUUCCUUUGAGUUCAAGUCGGCUUUCCAUUCCCGCCUCGCCACCAUCUUCUUCGAUGAAGUCGUCAAACAGAUGGUGGCCGCCUUUGAGAGGCGCGCGGCAAAAAUGUACGGACCUCGGGCUGCCGUCCCGGAACCUGAAGACGAGGCCGCUGUGCGGAGUUUGGGGGUCUCUUGACCUCGGCGGACAACGGGGACGUCUUCAAGGUGACCUGAUGACGUCAUCUCCGUGUUUGUUUUUUUUUAACCAAAGUCCUGAGCCACUGAAAUUCCUUUAUGCUGUACAGUAAAUAUGUCUAUUUUGGUAUUUUUUAUUUAUGUCGCAAAAUGUGAAAAAGACUGGGAAUAUCCGUACUACAUACUGUAUUUGUAUUUAAAUAUUUAUAUUUUGUCUAUUUAAAUAUUUAUUAAAAAUGUUUCCCUUACAA